GCCCGGGGGGGAGAAGCGCGCGCCCUCUCAGCGCUUCCGGUUCCGGUUGCGCCGCGGCCGAGGCGAUGGCGGCGCUCGGAAGGGUCUCGCGGCUGCUGCUCGCCGCCGCCCCGCGCUCCCCGCCGCGCCGGGGCAUGGCGGCCGCGGCCCAUGAGGGCGGCGGAGCCCGGCUCUGGAAGACGCUGACCUUUGUCGUGGCCCUGCCAGGGGUAGGCGUUUGCAUGCUGAACUGCUACCUGAAGGGACAAGAAGAGCAUGAGCGGCCUGAAUUUAUUCCGUACGCUCAUCUCCGCAUCCGGACCAAGCGUUUCCCCUGGGGUGAUGGGAACAAAACUCUAUUCCACAACCCCCACGUUAAUGCUCUCCCCACCGGUUAUGAAGAUGAAAACUGAGAUCCUGACCACAGCCAGCACUUUGGCUCUUCCUGUCUUGGACCAGAAUGUUGUGUGGGAACCAUCACUAAAGAAACUCUACAUUCCCUCCACAAUGAAGCGUUGUGGCCUCUGUGCUUAUUUUGGGGUCCUUUAAAUAAAUAACUCUGAACCCAAA